AUGCUUUCAGAAAGCUUAAAAGACAAACACGCCAACUCCAGUAGAUUUAAUUCUUUAUCUGAACAGGAGGAAGUACAAAAUGUGUUGGAUAUAAUUUACCGUUCUAAGGAUAAGGAAAGCGGAACCAACGCUGCUGAUGCAGAGGGGAAUCCAGAGGAAGUUGUUUGGGAAGUACUAGAAGACCUUCAUUACAAUCUUAUGAAACGAAUGGAAAGAUCUGUAUAUGACAACUUGAACAGAAAAGUCUUUCGAAUGAAAGGAACCCUGAUGAAUAGAGUGUCAUCAGUGAUUGGAAUACCCCAUGCCGAUCAGAAUGGAAAGUGUUCAGUAGGCAAUCUGCAGCAACUGCUCUUGUGGGGAAUUAAACAUAAUAUAUCGUGGAAUGUCCAGUCCCUUGGUUUUACAUCAACAAGUUUUCCAUCAGCUCCACCAGUCCUGACAUGUGGUAAACCUGCUUUGGAAACAGAGGGCAAGGUGCAUAAUAUUUCAAAGAGGUCACAGACUGAUGCCUUGGAGGAACCUCAGCCAUAUGCUGAAGUCCUGGAAGCAUGUGACAGUGAUUCCUAUGGCUGGGCUCUUAAUGUCCAGUAUCUUCUGAAGAUGCUCGAUUUUCUCUUUACUUUCUCUGACCCAGAGCAGAUAGGUAAGGAAACAAGGGAUAGACUGGAAGAAGCCAUCCUCCUCUCUAGCCUGCUGGAUAAUAGCUCUUUCUGGGCUUCUUUCAAGAUGAAUUCCUCGCUGAGCAUCCUGCAGACUGUGGAGCUUUAUCUAGAGAAAGAAAGCAGUGACUCUACUAAGGAGGAUCUUCUGAGCUGUUUUAGUCCUGUGCUAUGGGAGCUCAUUCAGAAGGAGGAAAAUGCUACAGCUUUUAAAAAUCUUCUCCAGGAAUAUUUACACAUGCCUAAAGAAGGAUUCCAGAAAGUCCUGAUGUCAGCAGAAAACGAUGCAGUGGAAAGGUUCCUCUCUCUGAUGCACCGGUCAUGGCCCAGAAUCCAGGUGUCACAACCAGAUGAAAAAGGAUUAGAGACUCUGACAUCAAUGGUUAUCCAAAAAUUUCCACGCCUAACACCCCAAAUAUUUGUGGAUCUAUCUCAGUUUAUACCAUUUAUGUCCAUAUCUGACAUUGUCAGCUUUCCACUCAGCCUACUGGCCAAUCAGAGUGUAUUAGAAGCAAUCAGUAUCCACAGUCCAGAUAUGAAAAUUGCUCAGAAGCGUGCAUUUGUGAAACGUCUCAUGCAGGCUAACGCGUUUGGUGACAUCCCAUCGUGGCCGCCACAUUUUCUCACAUCCAUCCAACCACUACUUCCCUAUCUGCCACUCUGUCAUUUCAUCCAGCUGAGCUCUGAUCAGAUUAAAUUGCUGGCAGAUGGCUGGAAAGAUGUGAACCUGGGUAUGAUGCAUGGACGCUUUGUGGCACAGAGCCUGAUGAACCAGAGCCAAGAUGUAGACAAAAUAAAGAGCCUUGAGGGUCUCAUUUGCUAUUUAACAUACGAGGAUCUGCAAAGCCUUCAGCCCUUCCACUACCCACUAGGAGACUUGGAGAAGAAGCUGCUUGAAUGCAUUUCACAGAAGACAUUGUCCCACCAUGGGAGAUUGGCUUAUUCAUUAGUGGAUGUGUUGAGAAAAGUCAAUGUGCAUUCAUUGGACUUUAAUGAACUGGUCACUUGGAGAAGUCUGCUUUCUGAACUGGGAUUGUCAUUUUUCCAGACAGUUCCACAGAGUCAUGUGAUUAAUCUUCUGGCGCAGUUACAAGCCUCUGAUCUUUCACUUGCGCAGGGUUUUUUGCUAUUCAGUCAUGUCACUCCAAAAUCUAAUGUUGCAGAACGAGUGAUUUGUGGACUGCACUCCCUGAUUCCUGUCCUUAGCCCAGAUUACUUGCGUUCUCUGCCAAGCCAUCUCCUAACUAGAGCUUGCCAGUGCCUGGGGUCUUCUCUACCUUUGCUGAGUGCUGCACAGAAGGCAGCCAUAAUGCAGUCAUUGCGGAAAUAUAUCCAUGAUGUGGAGCUUUGGCCCGAGCAGUUUUCUUGCUUUCUUCCCUUUGCACCCCUGAAGCUUCUGCAUUUGGACACACAGAUACUGUUCAGAAACAUGAGUCUGUAUGGGGAGCUGGACUGGAUGCCACAGCAGACCCAAUUCCUCUGGAGGAAGAUUCAGGCUGGUGCAAACCUGACCAAGAAUACUAUUCUGACCCUUGGGACUUUGGCUAAUGGGAUUGAAUGUGACAACCUGCAGCAACUUAACUCUCUUUCAGAUAUCAGAGACGUGGUUAAGUAUCUACAAGGGAUUCCUAGUGGUCUGCGCAAAAGUCUUAGAAAGUGUAUCUUAGAAGAAAUCGAGAAGCGGCCUGAGCUAUCCUGGGAAGACACAGGCUGGAUGGGCCCUGAGUUUGUUACUGAUCUCCCGUUAAAGCUGAUUGAAAGACUUUCCAAUGAAUCACUGAAGUUGUUCCUGGAAUAUGUUCAUAAAUAUCCCAAAGCUUUCAUGGAACUCCCAACUUACAAGAAAUCUGUAUUGGCUCAAAGAGCACUGUAUGCUUUGCAAAUCCCUGGGAAUGUAAUGAUAACUGCAGAAGAAAUGGAUUUGUUGGGACCGCUGUUUGGUUUUAUUGGAGAAGAAAACAUUUCUCUCAUACAUAGAAAACACUUGCUCCUCCACCUUGAUGAUCUGAAGAUGUACUGUGUGUCUGAGGAAUUCAGUAGACAUCUGGGGAAGAUCCUAGUGGAAGAUGACAUGCUGGGACAUCCAUCUAAGUGGACUCACAAACACAUAGAACAAAUUGGGAGGCUGAUUUUUUAUCUUUCCCCAGAAAAUCUCAGUUCUAUACACAAGGAUGUGCUGAGACGAGACAUUUUGGAAUGGCUUCUGGAGAGUCAGAGAGAAUGGGAAGAUAGCGAGAUUGGAAUGAUUUGCACCAAACAAAAUUCUAACUUUCAGGCCAGAGCAAGGAGCAUCAAAAAGCUCUUGGCAUCAUCCUUGACUAAAAAUGGUUAUCGCAGCAGCAGAGAGCCGAUUCCUAGUUGUUCAGACAUGAGAGUGACAUUUCCCUCAGCAUGGAGUGCAGCCCAGAUCAGCGGCAUGUCUCUGUCCGAUUUUGAAGGCUGUCUCAAUAUAAUCACUGAAGAUGCUGAUUUUUCAGUUGACCAAGCAAAGACUGCUCUGGGAAAAAUAAAGCAGUUGUUUGGCCCAGUGAAGAGUAUGAGUCUGGUGCAUAUUCUGCAGAUGGGAAAACUUAUCACUCACAUGAAUGAAAAAUACUUAAAUGAGAUGAAUACAUCUGAUUGGGCAGUCGUGUCUUUUCUGGGCAGAAUGAACAGCUGGACCCCUAAACAGAUGAAGACCUUAGUGUCCAACAUUCUCAGGGAGCACAAGAAAGGGGCAUUAGACUUAGAUCUGAUGGAACUAACAGCUCUUGGACAUCUGAUAUGUGGUCUGGGAGUAAAGGAAUUAAGGAGAAUGAAUAUUCAGGAGUUCAGCCAGGCCGCCGUAUUUGUGGGAACCCUGAAACUAAAGUGUUCUGAACCUCAGCUGGAAACCUUAGUGGAUCUAAUAACGUCCAACUCAGCAUUUGGUGUGGUGAGCCGAUGGGGCCCUGAGAUCUUUACAGAGAUUGGAACACUCGGAGCUGGUCUUCCGGACAUUGUGCUAUCUUCAUUGAUAAGAGAUCAGAUUCAAGGAUUAACGCCUGACGCAAUAUCCCUCAUUCCAGCACCAAAGUUUGCUGUUGUCUUCAGCCCAGCUCAGCUCUCCUCCUUCACCAGUGAUCAGGCCAUGGCAGUCACUCCUGAGCAGUAUGAGCAUCUCAGCAACCAGCAACGUCAGGCCAUCUCUAGCGCUCAGUAUGAAGGGAAUGAUCACCAGGACCCUCGCGGAGAGAACAACCUGGGAUCAAUUGUUGUCUGGAAUCCUGCUAUUCAUGUCAUGGCGCUGCUCCCAUUCCUUCUCUGA